AUGACCUCAAAACGAAAAUCAGAUGGGGAUCAAGAUGAUGACCAGCCAUGCAAGAAGAAGAUCAUCGAAUCAGUAUCUCAACCCAAGACUCCAAGAGGUGGCUCCAAGAGGACCUUUUCAGAUCAAGAGCAAAAGAAUCUAGAGCAAAUAGCUCUCCGUACUCUGAAGAGGUUGGAGCGUGAGGACAAGAUCCGAAAACUUCAAGAAGCAAAAGAAGUCAGGUCAGAAACGUCAGCUCCGCGUUCAAUCUCAUCAGGAACUCUGGAGAAAGAAGAAGGAGGCUCUACGGCCUCAGCCUCUACCGACUCCGCUCCAUGUCGAACUCAACAAGAACAGGAGAAUUCCAUGAUCGCCUGGAAAGAAGAACUUCUGGCUGAGAUGAGCAAGGAGGCCUUGAAUUUCCUCGAGUUCAAGGUGGAGAAUGAGUGUUUGAUGGUGAAGCCCAUCAAGACCAAAAACCAAGAGUUCAACAUGAAGGAGGCCACCUGCGAAGAAAGACGAGGAUUUGAGGCAGCUGAUCAAGCAGAAUGGAAGACUAUCUUGGACCUGAAGGCCGUCAAGGUACUAAGCCCAGAUGACUCCAAGAAGGUGCGACGUCAAUGUCCUCAUCGCAUUCUGCAAUCCAGGUUCGUCAGAAGAAAGAAGCCCGUGCCAGGUCUUGGCCAGUGGAAGUUCAAAUCACGUUGGUGCGUUUUGGGUCACAGUGAUCCUGAUAGUGGCACAUAUUCCACCUAUUCACCCAUGCCUAUGACAGAGAGCAUUUCCAUUUUCUUUCAGCUGUGCACCAACAUGGACUUGACAGUCACGUUCUGCGAUGUGACUCAGGCAUUCUGUCAGUCUGAACCCUUGGUAAGACCUCAAGGAGAGCUCUAUGUUGAAGCGUGUGAGGGACUAGGACUUCCAGCUGGCACGUUGAUACAAUUGGUGGCUCCUGUGUAUGGCCUUGAGGACGCUCCUCUCAGGUGGCAUCAGACAGUGAUCAGCUACCUGACGGAGCUUGGCUUUGAGAGGAGUCUUCUGGAACCGUGUUGGUAUGUUCGCCGAGACGACAAGGGCGAAGUAGAAGCCAUGGUUCUAGUGGAAGUUGAUGACUUGAAUGUGGUAGCCCGGAAGAACUUGAGAGAACCCUUGCUUGAACAGCUGAGCAAACGCUUUCGGUUUGGAAAGAUGGAAUAUGACGAAGCCGACUUUGCGGGUCGCCAUGUCAAGAUCCUCCCUGGCAAGAUAGAGAUGGACCAAGAGAAAUACAUCAUUGAGAAAUUGCACCCUGUCAGGUUGUCUCUUGGACGGAAGACCGACAAGUCAGCCCCCUUGAUGCCUGAUGAGUUCGAGAGUUUUCGAUCCAUGCUCUACCGGGUGGCUUGGGUUGCUCAUCAAACACGUCCUGAGGCGGCAGGAGCCGUCAGCAUUCUGUCCUCCCGGCUUAAGGAAGCUGCUGUUCAUGACGUGUGCUGUCUCAACAAGUUGAUCUCUCAUCUUCGAAACACAGCGCAACAGAAGCUGACACUUCAUUCCUUUAGCAAUCAAGACAUGAUAUUGAUCUCUGCGUCAGACGCCGGAGGUGUGGAUGGUCUUCCUUCGCCAGGUUCCAACGAGGUUGACACCGUUCAAGGAGCUUGGGUGAUCAUGGCCGCGGACAGACUUCCGAGCGCAUCGCAGAAGAUCAAGGUCAGUGUGUUGAGUUGGCGGUCGUGCAAACUCAGACGAAAAGUUGCUUCUACCCUUGCUGGAGAAGCGCUGGCGUUCAACCAGUCAUUGGGCGAGGUGGAGUGGAUUCAGAUCGUGAUCAGAGACAUAGUCAAAGGAGACGUUUCUCGAAGAGAUUGGACUGAGUCGCUCACGCCUCAUUUACCAGUGCUUAGAGAGAACUGUCAGCUGGCAGAGAGGUUGCAACAAUGUCAUGUUACAGAUGCCAAGAGCCUUUUUGACGCUCUCCUCAAGCAAUCGCCCAUGUCUCGACAAGAUAGACGUACUUCAGUGGAGCUGAGCAUAAUACUGGAGUCACUCCAAAAAGCUCAGAGUGUGGUGCGUUGGACUCCUCACCCGCGCAUGAUCGCGGACGGCCUGACCAAGGCUGAUAUCACUAGAUCGAAUGGAGCUUUAGAAGAUUUGUUGAGGACGUCGAAACUGGUUCUCUGGGACGAAAAGGAGGAAUUGAAACUCCGCAAAGAUGAUCCCAUGGCCAGGCGACGCUCCAAAGGAGCUUCAGCCAAGAUCCGACUUCAAGAAGCCAAUACAGCAUCCUUCCUCGUGAGGUACAGUAAAAGUGACCAGUCCAUCGACGAGCUUCUUCUGCCCGGCUAUGAGAAGGACCAGGUCGAAGUGUCACCACUAUUCCUGCUGGAGCGGGAUGUGCUCAGGGCCUUGUGCUUAGGCUCUGAGCCGAAGCAGCUGUUGACGCUGCCGGCACUGCCCGCACUUCCCGCCGCUGAGGCCGGCCGAAAGCAUGGUUUCUUCAGCGAAGAGGAAGAUGGGCCAAGGAGCACCAGGGUCAAAGGCGCGAUGGCUCGACUGGGCAUUUUCCCUAGCUUCUCCAUGCCAGCCCGGAUUGACGACCUGGCUCAAUUGUCUGUGUGGGUCGGGGAGGGCGGUACUGGAGCCAAAGGAUAUGGAGGACGGGCUGAGAUGGAGAUGACAGAGCCACAGCAAAGGGUGAAGUUCACGAGAUUGGAUUUGCAGACGCCUUUGUGUGAGAAGAAACAAGCACAGAUGCUUGAUAUGCUUGCCCGGAAAAGUGCUUGA